AUGGAAAAUCAAGGCCAACAACAACAUGGACACUCAAGUGGCGGUGGACAGAACGCGGAAAAGAACGCAGCAAUAUUGGCCGCAGCAUCAUCACUUGGUGGAUUUGUUUCCCCAAUCUUAACUUCACCAUCAUCACCUUCAUCAUCGUCUUCUCCGCACAGUCCACACAAGCCAAAGUUAAAGUACAAGAAUUGGUGCGCACAAGUCGAAAAGAAGUCCAAUGCAAUCUUAUUAAUGAUGCCACAACUAGAGUUGAUUGGCAGCACCGAGGAAAGGAAGCGUGAGAAAGCCGCUGGAUCACUGGGCAAGGCCAACGGCCUCCUUCAAGACAUGAUCACAUUGUUGGAAAUCGUCACCUACAAGCCAAGCAAGAAACAGCCGCCUGCAUUGGGCGACAUGGCACCAGAGAUGAAUACAUCAUCCUCAAGUUUAAAAACUUCUGGAGGCAUGCCAGCACCUCAAUCUCAACAGCAAGGCUCAUCACAAUCACUCUCAUCGUCUGGGAGCAGAGUGCCCCCUCUGCAGACAGCAUCAUUGUCAUCAUCGUUUAACGACCUCCCAGUUGGUGGAGGUUUGAUCAGCACAUUCAACAGCCUCAAGGAGCAGCGCGAAAAGGAGGCAAAGGAAGCGGCGGCAAAGGGCGACGCCAAUGCCAAUGGCAAGAACUCGCGUAUCAUCUCACAAUCGUGCAGGGAGGCAAUGUUGACGCUCUGGGGCUCACUCAUCAAUUUUGCCGAGAAGAACUAUAACCUGGACAAGGACUUCUCCUUAGUCUAUCGUACUAUAUUACUACUUGUUGGUCGCAAGGAGUUUGACACGGCCAUCUCUUCAAUUGAUCCACAGACCUACAAGCGAUGGACCGCUGACUUUCUGACCAAGUAUCGAGUCAAACUGUACAAAACAUUCACCUUUGUCGCCUACCUUGUAUCAUCAACGCCCUAUCUCAAUCUCCAACUAUCACAGUUCUGUGCCAAAUUUCUUGUUAUAUCAUAUCAUAGAAUACCUAGAGUUGCCAAACAAUUGUUGGCCGCACUGACUCCACCAGAGUCAGAGACAGAGGAUAUCUUAAAGUACUAUCCAUGUCCAACAAAGUCAUUGCUCACUGAACCUGUGUUGGACAGACCCGACAAACUACCAUUCCAUUCAUUAUUAAUGCAACAUGAUGCAUGUGAGAAGGAGUUGGAAUCAAUAUCACAAGGUUGGUUAAACAACCUGGCUAGGAAGGAGAGCGUAUUCUUUUUGUUUGUUAGAGAGUGGAUAAAUAUGACCAAGUGCGCCUUGGGCGAGAAUGUCGACUUUAGGUCAGUUCCAGGCUACUUCUCGCUGGUCUAUGCAGUGCUGCAUGAGAUCAAGUGUAAGGAACAGGUGGCUCCACCACCUCCACCAGCCAAGCCAACACCAUCGGCAGAGGCUCAUAUAGCAUUGAUACAUAUAGCUCGUGUUGAGACACGUCUUCUCGACGCCAUGGUCAAGGUGCUGUUCCUAAAGACGUGUGUGUUUGACUUGGAACUUGUGGCGGCAACACUCAGCAUCGUUGAACUAUGGAUACGCGAGUAUGGUAUCCUGCCCAACUCAUUCGACAUUGACUUCUUCUGCAAGGGCAUCGAUAGUAUCAUCUCGGCCGAUCACCAUCAGUUGAUCAUACGCUCACUCAACAUGGUCUACAACGUAUCGGAUUCAUUCCAAGGUCGCAACAGACGUGCACUCUUCUCCGAUCUCCUCUUCCACAAAUGUUUCAACCAACUAUUCCUACAUUGGGACCAGCCCGUACGCAAUGCCUAUCAUCAUAUAUUAUUAUACAGGAUGGUGAGAAUCAAUCGAGGUAUACUCAAUCAGAGGGGAUUCACCCUGGCAGAGUAUAGUAAGUUGACACAUAAUAAUACAGUGUUGACUACAACAAAGCAGCUGGCACCGAUCAAAUAUCCAGAGAGGGAGAAGGAGAGGGACGAUAAGCCCCCUGCAGUGAUGGCAGCAUCAUCACCAGACCUUUCACUGUACAAUACUUCAUCGCGAUUGGCCUCGUCCGCCGCCUCAAUAUCUAAACCACCUGGAACACCUCGCCCGGUCAAUCUGCCAACCGUGCCAAUAAGGAAGGUGCGUCCACCUGUGCCUCCAAGGAGGCCACUCACCGCCUCACAGGAGAUCGAGUCGCAGACGGCGACGGUGCAGCAGGAGUCUUGCCCCACGAGUGGCGAAGACCAUGGAGCGCAUGAGGACGACCACACAUCAGUAGUGGCUUCAUCUUUGUCAUGUUCAUCAGACGACAAGGACAUGACUCAUGCCGCGGCAACACAGGCAAGCGAUAUAUUUGUUCAGUUUGGAAAGGAGUAUGCCAUUGAUGUGGAACUUUUCCUAAAGAUUGAACUCAACAUCAAGAAUGUGUCUGAUCAAUUCCGCUCGCCUGACCUAAAACACUACGACCUGGCACUCAACAACUACGUGGCGCCAUCACUCAGCGAGUUCAAGACAUACAUCGCCAUCAGCAACCAAGUCAACUCUACACCACCCAAGAUUAUUCCACUUAUCCUUCAAGGUCCAACGCCAUUGAACUUCCUCAAGGAUUGA